GCGAGCGCGCGGGGAGGCUGCACGCCGCCGCCGCCGCCGCUCGGAGCAUCUGCUGCCCAAGCUGCUGCUCACGGCACCGGUUAUGGAGACGCUGAAUGGCCCCGCGGGCGGCGGCGCCCCGGACGCGAAGCCACAGCCGCCUGGCCAGCACCACCGCCACCACCACCUCCACCCGUUGGCCGAGAGGAGGCGACUGCACCGCGCGCCCUCGCCGGCCAGACCCUUCCUCAAAGAUCUGCACACCCGGACCACCAUGCCGGGCCCGGCUCCGGCUGCCCCCUCGUCUGGCCGAGCCCCGACACCCGCUGCUCCACGUUCACCUAGCCUAGCGGGCAGGGCACCGCCCUCGCCCGGAUCCCUGGCUGCGCCCGGCCGCCUCUCCAGGCGAAGCGGCGGCGUCCCCGGCGCGAAGGACAAGCCGCCUCCGGGCGCUGGGGCCAGAGCGGCAGGCGGCGCCAAGGCCGCCCCGGGAACCAGGAGGGCGGCGCGCACGGUGCCUGCUGAGCCUCUGCCCCGGGCCGGGAAGCCUCCUGUGGCCGAACCGCCAUCCGCUGCUGCCAAGGGCCGCAAAUCCAAGCGCGGCUUGGGAGCAGCUCCUGGCCGCGCCAUCGGCUCCAUGCCCCUGACUGCCCCGGUUCCCGCCGUGACCCUUUCUGUGACCUCGGCUGUCGGCGCAGUGCCCCCCGGCUCGCGCAUCAGCCACACGGACAGCAGCUCAGAUCUCUCCGACUGCCCCUCUGAACCUCUGUCGGAUGAGCAGCGUCUGCUCCCCGCAGCCAGCAGCGACGCUGAGUCCGGUACCGGCUCCAGUGACCGUGAACCCCUGCGAGGAGCCCCCACGCCGAGUCCGGCAGCCCGGGGAGCACCGCCUGGCAGCCCCGAGCCCCCAGCGCUCCUCGCCGCGGUCUCCUGUCUCGGGGGCCGAAGCAGUCCAGGCGGGAUCCCCCCGGGGUCCCCGGGUCUCGGUGCGGUAGAGGAUGCUGGGGGGCGCGUGCUGCCUGAGCGACCUGUCCCUGCGAUUCUCAAGGAGCCCAGCCAGCUUGAGCAGCCCCGGCUCCUGUCGGUCCCAGUGGCGGAGGAGGAGGAGCUGCUGCGGGAGAUGGAAGAGCUGCGCUCAGAGAACGACUACCUGAAGGAUGAGUUGGAUGAACUCCGUGCUGAGAUGGAAGAGAUGAGAGAUAGUUAUUUAGAGGAAGAUGUUUACCAGGUGCAGGAACUUCGGCGAGAACUGGACCGUGCUAACAAAAACUGCCGAAUCCUGCAGUACCGUCUCAGGAAAGCAGAGCAGAAAAGCCUGAAAGUGGCAGAGACUGGGCAGGUGGAUGGUGAGCUUAUCCGAAGCCUGGAGCAGGACUUGAAGGUAGCCAAAGAUGUAUCUGUCAGAUUGCAUCAUGAACUUGAGACUGUAGAGGAAAAGCGUGCGAAAGCUGAAGAUGAAAAUGAAACUCUCCGACAGCAGAUGAUUGAAGUGGAAAUAUCCAAACAGGCCCUCCAGAAUGAACUGGAGAGAUUGAAAGAGAGUUCCCUAAAGAGAAGAGGCAGUCGGGAAAUGUUCAAAGAGAAGAAAACCUUUAACCAGCAGAAUGGUGGAAUGGAGCGCCUUGGGAACUGCAGGUCGGCCACCAAAACUCAAAGGAAGCUGGCACCCCGGCGCAAGGAUGACAGUGCCGAUUUGAAGUGCCAACUCCAGUUUGCCAAAGAGGAAGCUUCCCUGAUGCGCAAAAAGAUGGCCAAACUUGGGAGGGAGAAGGAUGAGCUGGAGCAGGAGCUCCAGAAGUAUAAGUCCCUGUACGGUGAUGUGGACAGUCCCCUCCCCACGGGGGAAGCCGGGGGGCCCCCCAGCACCAGAGAGGCAGAGCUGAAGCUGCGGCUGAAGUUGGUGGAGGAGGAAGCCAAUAUCUUGGGCCGGAAGAUCGUGGAGCUGGAGGUGGAGAACCGAGGCCUCAAGGCAGAGAUGGAAGACAUGCGGGUCCAGCAUGAGCGGGAGGGAAUGGGCCGGGACCACGUGCCAAGCAUUCCUACCUCACCCUUUGGCGACUCCCUGGAGUCCUCCACGGAGCUCCGCCGUCACCUGCAGUUUGUGGAAGAGGAAGCCGAGCUGCUGAGGAGGUCCAUAUCUGAAAUCGAAGACCACAACCGACAACUGACCCAUGAGCUGAGCAAGUUCAAGUUUGAGCCUCGCCAGGAGCCAGGGUGGCUUGGGGACAGCUCAUGUAAGGGUGCUGGGGCCGGGGCUCCCUUGCAGGAGGAGCUGAAAUCAGCCAGGCUGCAGAUCAAUGAGCUGAGUGGGAAAGUGCUGAAGUUGCAGUAUGAGAAUCGGGUGCUGCUGUCCAAUGUCCAGCGCUGCGACCUGGCUGCCCACCUGGGGCUGCGUGCCCCAAGCCCCCGGGACAGUGAUGCUGAGAGCGACACAGGCAAGAAGGAGAGCGAUGGGGAAGAGGGCCGCCUGCCCCAGCCUAAGCGGGAAGGCCCAGUUGGCGGUGAGAGUGACUCAGAAGACAUGUUCGAGAAGACUUCAGGCUUCGGGAGUGGGAAACCAUCAGAGGCUAGUGAGCCAUGUCCAGCAGAGCUCUUGAGGGCCCGGGAGGACACCGAGUGCCUGGCAACCAUAAAGCAUGAGGCCCAGCGGCUUGAGCGAUCAGUGGAGCGCCUCAUCACAGAUACUGAUGGCUUUAUCCAUGACUCAGGGCCGCAGGGCAGCAGCUUGGCCUCACAUGGUGUCCAGGGUGAGGGUGAGAGGGGUGAGGGGGCCCAGAGUGAACCCCAUCUUCUGGGGACCAUCAAUGUGAAGAUGAAGGCUUUCAGGAAAGAGCUGCAGGCCUUUCUGGAACAGGUGACCCGGAUUGGGGAUGGCCUGUCACCCUUGCCCCACCUCACAGAGUCUUCCAGCUUCCUCUCCACCAUGACCUCCGUGUCCCGGGACUCCCCCAUCGGGAACAUGGGGAAGGAGCUAGUCCCAGAAUUGCAGUCCAAACUGAGAGACCAGCUGGAGUGGCAGCUCGGUCAGGAACGAGGGGAUGACCGAGAAAGCCUUCGCCUCCGAGCCACACGGGAGCUGCACCGCCGGGCUGACGGGGAUGCAGGGAGCCACCGGGCAGGAGGCCAGAGCUGCUUCAACCUAGAGCUCAGGGGCCCCCCUGUUUUACCUGAGCAGAAUGUAUCGAUAGAAGAGCUACAGGGUCAGCUCGCGCAGGCGGCCAGACUGCAUCAAGAGGACACAGAGACAUUUACAAACAAGAUCCGUAAGAUGGAGGAGGAGCACCUCUAUGCCUUGAGGUGGAAGGAGCUGGAAAUGCACAGCCUGGCUUUGCAGAACACCCUCCAUGAGCGAAACUGGAGUGAUGAGAAGAACCUGCUGCAGCAGGAGCUCCGGUCCUUGAAGCAGAACAUCUUCCUCUUCUAUGUCAAACUCAGGUGGUUGCUGAAACACUGGCGGCAAGGGGAGCAGAUGGAGGAGGGAGGAGAGGAUUUUACUGAGGGUGAGCAUCCAGAGACCCUCUCUGAGCUUGGUGAGCUUGGAGUCAAGGGGAAUCACCAAGUGGAUGGACCAGACCAAGAUGAUGGUGACCAAGGCUCUGGCUUUCCAGUGGGGGAGUGUUCCCCACAUGUCCCCGUGCAGCUUGGUGAUCAUGGAUCACGGCUACAGGCUGUGGAUGGGGGACCACUCCACAGGCAGGUGGUGGAAAACCAGCAGCUGUUCAGCGCCCUCAAGGCCUUGCUAGAGGACUUUCGCUCAGAGCUGCGGGAAGAUGAGCAUGCCCGGCUGCGGCUGCAGCAGCAGUAUGCCAGCGACAAGGCCGCCUGGGACAUGGAGUGGGCCAUGCUCAAGUGCCGCUUGGAACAGCUGGAAGAAAAGACUGAGAAAAACUUAGGAGAGCUUGACUCCUCCACCGAGAGCAAAGGGGCCUUGAAGAAGGAGAGGGAGGUGCACCAGAAGCUUCUGGCUGACAGCCAUGGCCUGGUUAUGGACCUGCGCUGGCAGAUUCAUCACAGUGAGAAGAACUGGAACCGAGAGAAGGUAGAACUUCUCGAUCGCCUGGACAGGGACCGUCAAGAAUGGGAACGGCAGAAGAAGGAUCUCUUGUGGAAGAUAGAACAGUUGCAGAAAGAGAGCAGUCCUCGGAGAGGUAGCAAUUUCCUAUGUGAUCAAAAAGAAGGAAACGUCCGUUCCUUUCCCCAUCAAGGAGGGCUCCGCAUGCCCCGUCCCAUGGCGAUAUGGCCCUGCGCAGACACUGACUCUAUACCGUUUGAAGACCGGCCGCUAUCCAAGCUGAAGGAGUCAGAUAGGUGCUCUGCCAGUGAGAACCUCUAUUUGGACGCCUUGUCCCUGGAUGACGAGCCAGAGGAGCUGCUACCCCACAGGCCUGAGAGGGACUUCAGGAACUGCCUCCCUGAGGAAGAAGAAAAUCACAAGGGAAAUCUUCAAAGGGCGGUAUCUGUGUCCUCCAUGUCUGAAUUCCAGCGCCUGAUGGAUGUCUCCCCCUUCCUGCCUGAGAAGGGCCUGCCAUCUGCCAGUAGCAAAGAAGAUGUCACCCCACCCCUGUCUCCUGAUGAUUUCCGCUACAUUGAAGAGUUCAACAGCAAGAGCUGGGACUACACACCCUCCAGGACUGGGACAGAGAGGCCUCCGGACCUCUGGACAGACAGGACCGAGGGGGUGCGGGCAGGGCAUGAGGCCAAUGCAGAGCCUUUCUCUGAUUCUUCCUGGUACCUGACCACGAGUGUCACCAUGACCACAGAUACCAUGACCAGCCCAGAGCACUGCCAGAAGCAACCACUGCGGAGCCACAUCCUCACUGAACAAGCAGGGGUGCGCGUGCUUCACAGCCCACCUGCUGUCCGCAGGGUUGAGAGCAUCAUGACAGGCGGAGAAAGCAGGAGCCGACUGGAACCCGAGGGCCCCUUUCCCACGAGCAGAGUCAGAGGGGGCCUGGGAGAUGUCAAGGGAGGUCAUCCAGAAUCUGUGCUCAGCAGGUGGCCUUGUGCCUCCUCUAGACAUACCCGAGACUAUGUGGAGGGGACUCUCUGCACCUCCCUGGGGUUUGCCUCCCCAUUGCACAGCCUGGAUAUGUCCAAGAACAUGAGUGAUGACAUGAAGGAGGUAGCCUUCUCUGUCAGGAAUGCUAUCUGCUCUGGUCCCACUGAGCCACAAGUCAAGGACAUGGCCUGCCAGACCAAUGGGUCCCGGACAACAGGGACACAGACUGUCCAGACCAUUAGUGUGGGCCUACAGACUGAAGCCCUUCGUAAUAGCGGUGUCACCAGCAGUCCCCAUAAGUGUCUCACGCCAAAGGCUGGGGGUGGUGCCACACCUGUGUCCUCCCCUUCCCGUAGCCUGAGGAACAGGCAGGUGGCCCCCGCCAUAGAGAAGGUACAGGCCAAGUUUGAGCGUACCUGCUGCUCUCCAAAGUAUGGUUCUCCCAAGCUGCAGAGGAAGCCCCUUCCCAAAGCCGACCAGCCAAAUAGCAGGAACUCACCAGGGGUGGCCCAGAAAGGGUACAGUGAGUCAGCAUGGGCCCGUUCCACCACCACUAGGGAGAGCCCCGUGCACACCACCAUCAACGAUGGUCUCUCCAGCCUCUUCAACAUCAUUGACCACAGCCCUGUGGUGCAGGACCCCUUCCAGAAGGGGGCACGGGCUGGGAGUAGGUCUCGCUCUGCAGAACCCAGACCAGAGUUGGGCCCAGGCCAAGAAACAGGAACCAGUUCCCGAGGAAGGUCACCCAGCCCCCUUGGGACAGGCUCAGAGACGUGCAGGGAAGAAGGGGGAGAGGGCACACCAGUGAGGCAGGACUUAUCCGCUCCCCCUGGCUAUACACUCGCUGAGAGUGUGGCCCGGAUCCUCAACAAGAAGUUGUUGGAGCAUGCCUUAAAGGAGGAAAGGAGGCAGGCCACCCACGGCCCCCCAAGUCUUACCAGCGACAACCACGUAGGAGAAGCAGUCACGGCUGAACCAGGGUCCAUGGAGGAACUGCCUUGCCCUGCGCUAGCGCCAUCCCUAGAGCCCUGCUUCUCCAGGCCCGAGAGACCAGCAAACCGUCGUCCUCCAUCCCGUUGGGCAACACCUUCUCCCACUGCCUCACAGUCUCAGCCACCCGGAGACCAGACCUCCUUGGAGGAACACGGUGAUGAGGAUCCCCUGGAGGAAAUGCCACACCCGUGAUGCAAGCUUGCAUGGAUUAUCACAGAAUAAUUCACUGUAAUUUGCAUAGCCACACCAUCUUCACAACCAAACUCUGGCCCAAAGGAGAGAUCUAGUUUUCUCAAGGUCAAAGAAUGUUUUUUUUUAAAAAAAACACACAGCUGCUGAAUGUCCAAACCUGUGAAACUGAGAUGUUUCUAGAAUGAAACAGCAAAUGUGCCUGUAAUAACUUAAUUUUUUUCAUAGCUCAGAAAACUAUUUUUGUCUCCAUCUUUUUUACACACAGUAUAUUAAAAAAAAAGAAAAACAGGUAAAUAUGGUAUAAAUAGAUAUAAAAUAUAAAAGUUUUAAAAAAUGUACAUUUUAAGAGAUUCUGAACACCCUUGCUCUCAAUCCUGACUGCCUCUCUGUUAAAUUUGCACUGUUCUGUUUUGGUUGGGUUUAUCUCCAUGUUGAACUUAGAGUGUUUUAAGUUAAUUUUAUUUUGUCAAUGUUAACAAUUUUUUAGGAAUUUUUAAAAAUGCUUCAGACUGUCUGAUUCAGUGAACUUUUUGUAGUGAAAAAGCCAUGGAACCAGUAGACAAGACAGAUGUUCUGGAAACUGGAGGGAUGCAGGUCAAUGUUUUUGAGAAGGCACAGAAUCCUCAGACGGGCGUAGAAAAUUCACUGUAUAGUCUACAUAUUAGUCUGCCCGAGUGCACGUCUUCGGGUGCAUGUACAUAUGCUGCUGUCCUCUCCCUCACCUAAGUGUGUGUCCGUCUGGCCCACUGUAAUUGUGAAGUUCCUUGUACUGUACUAUUAUCGUUGGUCCCCUUGCAUUGAUGAGAUAACAGCACCAUUUUAAAAUUAUUGUUAAAAGAUUAACCGGCAAUGUACAGAGUUCACUCAGAAUUUUCUUGUUUAAGGAAAACACUGCAAAAUCAUGAGGAUACCAAAUUGAGACAAACGGUGGUGCCUCUGAGUCUGUCUGAGACCAUGAUGAAGUAGAAAUAAAAGCCUUUUUGAGAUGGCGGUGUGCUCUCAGGUCUCAGGUUUCACAUGCCCUCCGUGUCUUCCUGAGAACUCCAAUGGAAAGUUUUCUGUAGCCAGGGGGAUGGUGGGGAGGGGCUUGUGCAAAAAGCAAACAGCUGGUCAUACGUCUCACUGGGAUGCACCCUUGCACAUGAUCACAUUGCAGUUCUACAGGACUCUGGGAGGGUCCCUAGGUAAGGGAAUGCCUUUAUUCUCAUUGCAAAAGCCCAAACUGGGAAGAGGAUGGGAAUUUGAGGAAACGGUUACCUGCAAGUCAAUGUGGCAAGCCUCUGUCCCCUCCACUCAGGAAAGAGGGAGUGGCCAGUAGCUCCAGGACAGGCAGUUCCCUUUCUGGCAGUGAGAUGUAGCCCAAGCUGGUGGUAUCAGUUAGAGGUUAGCGCAGGGGAUUACAAAGGAGUGUGCUGCCCAUAAGUCCAAAAAGAACUAUUUCAGCCACAGCUUCUGACUUCAACGUUUCAUUAACCCAACAGUUUUCUUAUGUACAUGAACAGGUGGAGUAAGUCCUAAUCCCAGCAUGACCACAGUUCCACCUUUAAGCAUAUACUUUUAAAAAACAAAUGUUUGAGCAUAUGGAGAAAUGGGAGCCCUCCUGUACUGUUGGUGGAAAAGUAAAUGGUCCAGCCACUGCAGAAGGCAGUAUGGCAGCUCCUCACCAAACCAGAAUGAUUAGAUGAUCCAGCUACCCCCCUACUGAAUGUAUAUCCCACCCCCACAAAUUGAAAUAAACUCAGAUACUUGUACACCAA